AUGGCAAGCGGCGAUGGCCACCUGGAUCAUUGGCGUACUGACCUGACGUCCGCGAUCGAGAUGUGGGACGAGACGGGUCGCCGGGCGACCACCAUGCACGAGGAAGAGGGAGGAGGCUCACCCUUGUCCCUUGCCACUAAGCGCCGGGACGUACCCUGUUUGGCCCCCAUGCGCGUCCGUCCCCAUUUGAGGCUGCGUAUUAGCCGCGGCGCGUUGCGCCGUGCGGACGAGUCGCUGGUGACUCACCCCGCUCGCCUCUGCCUCCGACCCUGCUUCUUACCCCGUCGCACGAUGUUCGACGACGCUGCCCCGGGCGCCCAAUGCCUGCCGCGCAUAGCGCACUUUCUCCCGCCCCAUGGCCCUCCGCCACGCUCGGAGUGGGAUCUCCUCGUGGCCGUGGACCGUGCCCACCACCGGACCGGCCGCGCUAGGCACCCGCCUGCGCUCUCCGGCCAUGAUCUCAUGCGGAUGUUCCCCGCAGAGUCGCCGGCGUCGGCGCGCACGCGGUGGGAUCGACGCAUGUGGCCCGCAUCGUCGAGCGGGUAUUUUGCGGACGAGGAGCGGCGCUUUUUCGCUCGGAGGGAGCGGCCGCGGCCGCGGCCAAGCGCGUACACCGAGCGCAUCGUGCGCGCACGAGCUGGAGGCGGCCCGUUUAAUGGUAUGCCUCUGCCACCGCCUCCGAGUGGCUUGACGAGGCUGAGGGCUCAUUCGGUAUCGGACGGGAUCACGGGAGCAGCAGGUGACGGUAUCGACGGGGACGAUGAAGAGGAGGACGACGUAGUCGGCGGCUUCAGAACGGAUAUGCCAGAAGGAGAGGGCGCCCCCCCUAGCGCGGCAACGCAGCCGAAUCGUGCGCGAGACCGAAAAAGCGCUGCAACGAUACACCACGCCGCGCUCGAUCUCCGCAGGCCACCCCGCGUCGGAAACCGUGUGCCCGACGCAGGCCCGGGCCGUCCUGGUGCACGGUGUCCGAAAGAAACAGUAAGCGCGGUGUUACCACGUUCCGUUCCUGCGAGAGCGCUGGGGAUGAGCUCCAACUUGCAUCAGAGAAGGUCAGCCGGUCAGCAAGGCAUUGCCGGUCCAAUUCCCAGUCCGCACAUCCCGUCGUACAUGAUCGCGGCGGGCAUCCCGGUGCUGCGCGUGAACACGUGCCGAGCCUAUAAUACACGCAUGCUGCGUGGCAAAAGGCGCGAUGGGCGUGCGCCUCCAGAUUUCCACGAGCUCGCGAUGCGAUCGCAGCAGGAGAAGGCGGCCUAG